AUGCUCUGGGAGUGGCUAGUGAUGCCACAGGGGCUAGGUAACGCCCCCGCAACGUUCAGCAAAUGUGUUACGAACCUGUUGCGAUCGGUGCACGACCUCACACCGAGCUACUUCGACGAUGGCUUCGUCCAUAGCCGGGCUAUGGAUGGAAAGAUGGACGUGGGGGUUCAUAGAAUCCACGUCCGGAAGGUCCUAGCUCUAAUGCGUGAGCGUAAGUUGUUCGCGAACCUCAAUAAGUUUAUAUUCGUAGCGAACGAAAUACCACUUCUUGGCUGCAUCGUGGGUAAAAACGGUGUACGCCCUGAUCUGGAAAAGGUCAAGGCGGAUAGCGACUGGCCUGUGCCAGUCGACGUCAAGGGACUUCGAAAGUUUGUUGGCUUGGCGGCUAACUUGCACAAGUACUCGCGCAACUACGCCGAGAUGAUCGUACAUUUCUAUCGUCUGCUAAAGAAAAACGAGAGGUGGUCAUGGAGUGCUGAGUGUCAGCACUCCUCUGAAGGUAUCAAGAAAAGCUUGAUAGAAUAG